AUGGAUUAUUUAUGUCCUAAUUCAGGUCAAUAUAUUUCUGCUGGUCAUCCCAAUCAACAUGUAUUGGCAAGUGAAGGUGCAGAUAGUUAUUUAAUGAAUUUUUAUGUAACACAAAAUUCAAGUACUUAUCGGCCACCGCGUGUAAAACCAAAAGCGAAUAUACUUGGCGAUAAAUCAUUAACAACAGAAAGUCUUUCUACACAAAAACUUACAGAUGAAAAUAAAAAAACUGGUUUCGUUGAUAAUGAAAGAUAUUAUUUGCCCUACACACGUUCGAUUGAUGAACUCGACAAUCCAACAUUAGGCCGUAUGUGUACAAAAAAUUAUCAAACAUCUCAUCAAGCACAUUAUCAACCCUACGAAUUACCAGACGGUACAGAAUCGAUGCCACCCAAUACAAGCAAUCAAACAUCAGGUUUUUUUCGUGAACAUAUUGUACACAAUCCUAAUUCAUCCGUUCCUCCAAUCGGCGGAAAAGAAGCAACAACGUAUGGCAGUAAUUUUGCUAAGCCAGCUCAAUUAGAGCCAGUUACUGUGGGACAAGUGGGCCCAAAAGAAACUUCUGGAUUUGUUGCCAAUACUGAAAUUGAACCUUUAACAGCAACAACAGGUGAACGAUGGCAUUAUCAUACGAGACCAACUGGUUCUAGUGAAUAUAAAGAUAGAUUUCCACAAUAUGAUUAUCCAAAAGGUGAUGAUCCAUUACUUACUGUCAUUGAUACAAAUACAAAAAUAUCAUCUGAUCGUGUGAUUAAUAAUUUUGUAUUACCCACAGGUGACGGUCCUUAUGCUGGCGGUUCAUUCGGUCCUGAUUCGACUGAAUAUCGACAACGUUAUGUUGGCAAUCAAUUUUUACCAGAGAAAAUGGGUCAAUUAAAUAUUGGACCGAAAGAAACUACAGGUACAACACGAAAUGAUAAUGGCUUUAAUCAGCAAUUCGAUGAUCCGCGUCGCUUUAUUACAACCUAUCAAAUGAAUCAUUUUGAUAUGAAUGCUAAAGGACGUGAUCGUGAAGGUUAUGUGGUUGGUGGUGUACAAAAACCACGAGCCACUGGUUUCUCUCAAGAUACAAAAACAGCGAAUCCACUAGACAAUUUUCGUGAUGAACGUGUUACACGUUAUCAUCUUGAUUCGUAUCAAGUCAGGAGUUUGCGAGCACGUGAUCCAUUUUUUGCUGAUGCAACACAUGAUAAUAAAGGUCGUUUGCAAAAACAAUCAGAACUUUUUUAA